AUCCAUUGCGCCAACGCCGACGAAGGUGUGUGCGUGGAGCUGACGACGACUCCUGGAGGGGAGGGCGUGCCUCGGCCAAUCGCGCGCGACGCCUCAGGCCCGGACCUGCGCUCCAUCCAAUCCCACGGCAUCACAACUACAGCGUCCAGACAUUCAUGUGCACGGCAAGAAUGAGAAACUUGGGAGUCGGCCACCAUCUCGACAAUCCCUCUCGGCCAGAGAGAGACGACGCGCACCGAGCAGACCAGAGCAGAGCAGACCAGAGCAGAGAGCAGAGAGCAGACCACAGACUCCACAGUCCCAAGGCGAGAGAGAGCCAAGACGGCACACGCGUCCCCCCGUCCAGCUCCCCUCCCUGCACCAGAGCCGUUGCCUGCUCUUCGCACAUCCACGCCACGCCGCGCAAACACUUCGCUCUCUCGUCCUCACCACUACUCACCUACCUCCUCCUCACAUCUCAACAACCCCUUUAUCCACGACAAUCCCCAUCACCCAUCGCCAAGCAGUCGAGCGCAAUCGCUGAUCGCCGUGCCGCGCUCUGAUCGACGUCUUCGAUCUAUUCUUACCUACGACGACUACUAAGCGAAAGGUGGCGGAUUGCCGACGAUACUUGGGCUGUGCAUUUCGGGGAGAACAUCGCAUUCGCUGAACCCCCCCUCCUCUGCUUAUCCUCCCAUCUCCAUCUCCCAUCUCCCAUCUUCAUCUUCAUCUCCCAUACAAUCAGGAAAAGAGAGCGGUGAAUCGAGUCGAGUCCGGAGA